UGUAGAUACAAUGGAGGCGACGCAGUGUUAUCGCUGCCGUUACAAUGCCAAUCGCCGAAAAUGCGCCGAAUGUCUCUUCGGAGAUAAACUGUACAGCGAACAGGAGAAGGACACCGUCGUGAGCCGAUUGGUGAACGAGGUCCUUAACUGCAAUCUGGAUACGUAUGUCACACUUGGCGAGACGCACUUCGAGCCGGUAUUCCAAGCUAAACCUUGGCUGCGUAUCAGGAUGAAUGACGCAGCCCGGAAACUCAUAGCCGCUCGUGAACCACAGUGGUGCGAUAUGCCACUGCCUGCCGAUUUGCCGUCGCAGCCUAAUUACGUUGCGCCGAUGCAGCUGCCGAUCAGUUACCCUGCACCAGUGCAGAUGCCGAUGAAUCAGGGAUACACAACGAAUUCCAUGUCGCCGCAGCAGAUGUUGCAGUACCAGCAAUAUCAGCAGUACCAGUCGACACAGUAUCAGCCAGCGCAAUAUGCGCAAUACCAGCAGCAAGCAGAUGCCGCUUUUAAUCAGCCGCAGUACCAAUACUACCGACAGCAGAACGAACAGCAGGCGCCGAGUAGUGCUAGCAGUGCAGGGACUUCCGAUCCUUGGCUGCAUGAGCGCGAAUACCGAGGACAUACUGCACAACAGCAGUAUCCCAGCCGAGCUGCAUCACAGCAGCGUAAAGCCGAACCGCAACCCAGCACGUCGCGUGUACAGCCAGACGCGCGUGUCGGACUGUCGAAACAAAGCCGUGGCAGACAGCGCGGAAGUCAGUCGAAUAUCCGUUCUGCUGGUUAUCAGCAGCGCAGCGAACCGAGUAAACCACAGAAUAAUCAGCCGGCUGAAUCUCAGCAACCGCCGCCGCGUGAGAGUAAUUCUCGCGAUAACCGUGGUGUUCGACGACCACGCCAGCCGACCAUCGAUCCUAACAGAAUUCUGCGCGAUGUGACGCAGUAUACCAGCGACUUGGGUAUUUAUAUACACAAGCUAGCUACCGUCGCCGAUAUAGCGAAGACAAAUGCGCCGGAAAUGUUGUGUUUCAAGAAAAUGAUCCAGAAUGCCGUGGCAUUUCUGGGGAAGAUAGGACUGAGCGACCGAAUGAUGGAGUUUGAUUACUCCACUGUCGAUUUAUCGCGUUCGUUGGAAAUAAUUACGUACGCGUCGAGCCGCCGUAAUAACCUCCGUACAGUGCUGGAUAAAAAGCAUUUGUACACGCCGAUCACUGCCGUCGAUAUUGAGAUUAUUUCUCAAUUCAAAAUUUAUGGAGAUCCGGUAACCGAAAAGUUCCUAAUGCAGUUUAUACUGCCACAAGCCGAUCCUGCGAAGUUUUUCUUCUUCUGUAAAAUCGCUCACUACCUGAAUCAGGAACUGAAUGAGCGGAACAUUGACUGGAUGCCGAUUCCCUAUAAUACGGGAUUAAAAUUCGCCGCUAUGAGUAUCGCAGCCGCAUUACUUGGUAGCCACAGCGCCCACAAGGCGAUCUACCAAAGUAAGGAAAGAGCCGAAUAUGCCUUGUUAAAGGAUUUAAUCGAAAUGCUAGGGAAGCCGCUCACCGAACAGCAGGAAGCACAGGUGUUGAAAGACACUCUGGCUGCUGCCGGUCAUGUCGAAAUGGACACUGACGAAGCCGAUCGUUUUUACGAUGACAUUAAUAUCCGUAUGAAGCGAUACGGAGAUCGUAAGACGCAGUUCGAUAAGGGCCAGCUGUAUAAAAAGCGACCGUUGCCCGAUUCGCCAGACGCUCCUACGGGAAGUAAAACUGUACAGCCGGAGCCGAAAUUCCGAAAUAAUCGGAGAAACCAGUCAGGUGAUCCUGCAAAGCCGCAACUGGGAGUAAUGGGCGGAAAACAGCCUGUCCAGCCGACAGCUCCCAUUACACAGCCGAUUAUCAUUCCAGUGGUGAAACCGAAUUUGCCAUUGGCAAAGUUCGGAUCCGCGCCGUCGUUGUUGAACACGACGACUGUGAAAUCAUCCGGUACGAAUACCGAUAAGCAAGAUAAAAAUACCUUGCGAUCGCCGGCCAAUAAUGGCGAUAAAAUUAAUAAUGAGCCGAAUGUUGUAGAUAAUGUACGGAAACAGCAAUUGCCGACUGUUCCCACGCCAGCCGAACCGAUUGUUGCAGCUGAUGUUGAACAACAGUCAGUAGUUAUUACGCAGCCGACACAGGUAGGAACAGUGCCUGUGUUCCCGCCGACUUGUGAGACCUUCGACGAGAAGGAACUUGCGAAAUUGCCGUUAUCUCGGAUGAAUAAAGCCGUGAUUUUUAUGUUACGACACAGUCGUACCAAGAUCAUGUUGAGCCGUCGUCCAAUGAGUAUGUGGAAAACAUGCUUGUUGAAUUGAGAAAGAAGACGCUGAGACAGAUGACCGAUCAUGAAUAUAUGUUUUAUAUUCGAUAUGAAAAUCCGGAGCGAUUACCUGUUUGGACGGGUAGAUCACCAGAAAAGCCGAUUGCGCCGCAAGGCGAUGAAGCCGACGUUUUCCACGAGACAGUGGAAGAGUUGCCGGUGCGACCAGCACUUUCUGAGGUACUUGGCGAUGCUUUGAAUGCAGUCGCCGCAGCCGAAUCUGCUCCUGACACUGCCGGCGCUGACGCUGACGUUGAUAUGCUGCCGGAUGCGGGUGCGGAUAAAGCUGCUGAAUAAACGUCGUGGUUGGAGGAUAGAGCAAGCCUCCGGAAUGGAACGCAUCAUACGGAAUGGAUCUCAUAAUUUUCGCCAUAUUUUUUGUAUUUUCCUGAUUGUUAACCAUAGCGUAUAUGCCGCCAAAUGGGUCGCAUUUUGCUCAUAAAUUUGCUCACUGUUUUGUUUGCGAUUGUGGUAGCCUCGGGGGGCCUCGGCCGUUCCGCCCCGUGGCAUGCUAGAUGAUCGGUGCCACCGCCCAGGAUAGUGGGUUACGUUUGGGCGUUUAGGGCAGCACCGAUUCUGCCGUGUUCGAGUGUGUGGCAUUUUUCAGUUGGUUUUUGCACGCUUCCAAAUCUGGAAUAAAUUCCAGAUUUGUUCCAUUUUCGCCUUGUGGUUGUCUUUGCCGCCGUAUUUCCUUUCUGGAAUACAGCGUUUUCAUUCGGGCUUUAUGCCUUUAUUGUUCCUCUUUGCUACACAAUAAAGAUCGUUUUGGUUGUGGCCGCGUUUGGGCACAUUUCUGUGUGGCAGUCGCAGGCCACUUUCAAAAGGAAUAUCUUCGCCAGA